AUGGCAUCUGCUGAGGAGAGGAAGUUGGAGCUGGAAAGGAAGAAGCAAAAACUGGCGGAGAUACGAGAAGACAAGAGGAGGCGAGAAGAACAACGGCGAUUAAAUAUGUUACGUAAUACCCAGCAGGAAAAUGGAACUGUUCCUGAGAUGCGACCGAGCAUGUCUCAGAAGGACCUUGAUAUGUAUCUGGAAUCUAUUGGUAUUCCUUCUCAACCUCAGAUUGAGAGGCCGCCAACACCGCACAGCACAGAUGGAUCUCAGCGUAGUACUGUUCGUUUUAAAUUUAUCGUUAGCUCGAAGUCUCGUGGCUUAGCGCUUGCAGAAGUCCAGAUGACGUCAAUACCUCCGAAAGAUUACGCCUCCUACUGCAAAACUACUCAAACUGAUGAUGACAGGGUUUCCGGAGGAGAGUUUAGCCUUGGUUCUCAAGAAUUCGAUUUUGAAGAUGAAUUAGGCAUUAUGGAUAAGCAUCUUGACAUAAAUUUAGACGAAUCUCCUACCAGACAAAUCGCGACUUUGUUCCCAAAUAUUCAGUUCAAUAUGCGUCAACAACAUGAGGUUGCAGAUGAGAAUGAGGACAAUAGGAGGGCUCCUGAUUUGAGCGAGGAAGAAAAACUGCAGAUCCUCAGCAGUGCGAAGUUCCAGCAGUUCUUCGAGUUUAGCUCUAAGAUAAUGGAAAGGCAGUUGGCUGAGGAGGUUGACGUUUUUAUCGAUUAUACGCGUGAUGCAGCUAACGAUGAUAAGACAGAUAAUGGUCAGAAACUUCUGUUGUCUAGAGUAUUUGUCGAUGAAAAGUGGAGUGCUGGAAGGUGCGUUACAGCAAUCGAUUAUUGUGAGCAGCAUCCUGAGUUGGUUGUUGUUUCCUAUGAUCACUGUACUGAUCAUCCUCUGGCCGCAACCGGAGUAGUGCAAGUCUGGAAUACACGCUUCAAAAAGCCAACUCCAGAGUUCACUUUUUAUUGCCAAUCUCGGUUAACCAGUGUUGCGUUUGCGAAGUUUCAUCCAAAUUUAAUUCUGGGUGGUUGCUAUUCAGGUCAGAUAUGUAUGUGGGAUAAUAGGCUUCACAAAAAGACACCUGUGAAUAAGAGUCCUCUUUCGUCACAGGCUCAUACUCAUCCAGUAUUUAGUAUGGCUGUUAUCGGCAGCCAAAAUGCCCAUAAUUUAGUCACCAUUUCUAGUGACGGUAAACUAUGCUCCUGGAGCAUUGACAACCUUGCCCAACCGAUUGAUGUUAUUGACCUCAAUUGGAAGCAAAAAUCGGUCACAUGUUUGUGUAUGUCGUUUCUUUUUGAUGAUGUAAACAAUUUUAUCGUUGGUAGUGAAGAAGGGGCUGUAUAUACUGCAAGCAGGCAUGGUAAUAAAGGAGGCAUCAAUGAAAGCUUUGAGGGGCAUAUGGGUCCAGUAACGGGUGUCAACUCUCAUAUUUCAACAAGCCUGAUUGAUUUAUCACAUCUCUUCCUCAGUUGUUCUCUUGAUUGGACUAUCAAGCUUUGGAGCUCUAAAGAUCCGAAAACUCAUUGUUCAUUUGAAAAACAUGAUGAUUACGUUAUGGAUGUUGCAUGGUCGCCAACACAUCCAGCAGUAUUCGUUUCCGGCGAUGUCGGUGGAAAUUUGUUUUUAUGGAACCUUAAUGAAGAUACUGAUGCUCCAGUUGCGCGACUACAAACGAAGGAUGGGAACGGGAUCAGAAAACUCUUGUGGACCCAAAAUGGUCAACAGCUGGCUGUGGGCGACACUGAAGGAAACUUGUAUUUAUAUGAUGUUCACGAAAGCAUCACGAACUGCAAGGCAGAAGAAUGGACGAAUUUCACACGGACUUUGAGAGAUAUUAAGGAAGCUGCCAAAGAAGCUGAUGAAUUACUUGAAACGAACAGCAAACUUGGUCCAAGCGCGUCCAAUUCUGCACUUGGUACACUUCAGGGUCUUUCUGCCACAGGAACUUCCAUAUCGCCAAGACAGCAGUGGUAG